AUGCAGAUUCAUAAAAAACUUCCAUCUGGCAGUAUUUUGGUAUUUAUGACUGGAAGGCGAGAAGUUCAUGAAUUGUGUGAGGAAUUAACCAGAAGAACAACUGCAUUCAGGCAUGGUAGAGAAGAGGAGGAGAAGCAGCUAGAGACUGAAGGGAAAGACGAAGACAAUCGAUUUUCAUUCAGCGAUGAUGAGGAAUGUGACGGGGACCAAGAGUAUGGUGAUGACGAUGAUGAUAAUGACGAUGAUGAUAAUAAUGGUAAUGAAGAGAGUCCAAUAGAAGAUAAGGGUGAAUGUCAAGAUAAUGAGCGUCCCAAAUUUAGAGGAGAAGAUCUUCCAGACGACGCUUUCCGAUUAGACGAUCAUCAAGAUCAUGAUGACGGUCCUCUGGAAUACACACUCCAUCCUGAUGGAAUAACAACUCUGAAGGAAUGCGAUGAAGAUGAAUCAGCUCGACCUUCUAAAAGAAGGAAAGUUGAGGUGGAUGGUAGAAGUGAUGAGACCGAAGAAACCAAUAAAAAACAGUUAUUAAAGUAUCGUUGGAUGGGAGGAAUUGGAGAUCGUCAAACGAAAGUUCGAGUUGUUCCGCUUUACGCUUUACUUUCAACAAAAGAUCAAUCGAGAGCCUUCCAACCACCAAAUCAAGAUGAACGUCUGAUAAUUGUAUCAACGAAUGUCGCCGAAACAUCACUGACUCUACCGAAUGUCCGAUACGUUGUUGAUUGUGGUCGAGAGAAGAAACGUCAAUUUCUCUCAUCUGACGUUGCUUCACUUUUCUCUGUUCAAUGGAUUUCGAAGGCUUCUGCCGAUCAACGAGCAGGUCGAGCUGGACGCAUUGGUCCAGGGCAUUGCUAUCGCUUAUAUUCCUCUGCUAUGUAUACCCACACCUUUCCACAGUUUCCGACGGCCAAUCUUUUCCUUACCCCUCUCGAUUCUGUCCUUCUCUUUAUGGCAUCUCUUGGGAUCCCAGAUAUCGCUCGAUUCCCAUUUCCCAAUCCACCUCCUGAAGAGUCUAUCCGUCGUGCAAAAACUUUACUUCUUACCCUUGGCGCGUUGGAAUUUCUGGAGCAGAAAUCUUCUCCCGUUCUUGAUAAGUUUCGAUUACCAACUCGAAUUACGCAACUAGGACGUCUUAUGGCGAAGCUUCCAGUCGCUCCCCGUUUCUCUGCAAUGCUCGUUGCUGCUAUCGCGAUGUCCCAAGCGUCCCAUACGGAAGAAGUUCGAAAUAGUCUGAUUCCAGCGUGUGCCGCACUUGUUAGUGGCUGGUCGGUUGGAAAUUUAAUAGAUUUUUCGAAAGAUGAUGAUCGAGGUGACCUUUCAGUAAAAAGGAAAGCGGAAGUGCGCAAGGUGUCCGCCCUCCCUUAUCAGCAAUAUGAGAGUGAUGUUGAUGCGGUGGUAUGGAUGAGUGUGGUGCUUCAUGAUUGUGUCUUACGAGGACUUCUUGAUAACGUUGCAGCACGAUGUGAUUUGCUUCCUAGCAUCCAAACAAAAACAACAACAGCAAGAAGCGGUUACUACUGCAGUGAUGCAAAAUCACAACUUGCCCGAAAUCUUGAACCCAGAGUUUUCAUUCAUGAGUCUUCAUCAGUAGCUAAACUCCGGUCAGUCGAUAGAAUAACUCCUCCUCUUCGAUAA